AUGGAAUUCAAUCCAACAAAUCCAUUACUGGUUCGCCACAAUACCAGUAAUCGAGCUCUAGUCCAGAAGUACUUCGAUCUUGAGGUGGAUUUCAUGGUUGCUCGUGGUUAUUCCAAAGAGCAGAGGUUCAUCGCAAUCAGAUCAAUCGCAAUUUCCAAAAUCGAAGAGUAUACAUCUGAUCAAGUUGAUUCGUUCGUGCCUUUUCUUGCUAUCACUUAUGUCGAUCGUUUCCUGUCAACAAACAUCAAUAUACCGGUGGUUCUACGCGACAAAGGUUUUGAAGAAAAUUUGAAGUUAUUUGUCUUCUGUUGCGUUUCAAUCGCUUGCAAAAUACGCUGUUCAGACUUCUCGUUCGUUGAACUUUGGAAUAAACACAAAAUGGCGGAGGUUAGAUACGUUCUAGUUAUGGAGCUUCAGAUCUUAGAAGGUCUACAAUGGAAGGUACGACCAGUGACUGCCAUAACCUUCAUGUAUUUCUUCCUUCCUCUGCUUAAGACCGAAGAUCCGCAGCAGUUUCUACCAAUUUCCACUGUUUCUAACAUAAUCGUUUCUAUCCAAAGAGAUGUUAGAUUCACAGAAUUCAGGCCUUCUACACUUGCAGCUUCAUCGAUUCUAGUAACUGCCUACAAAUUACUUCCCGAACUGUAUUCUGAAUUCUCACGGAGGAUUUCAAGAUCUGGAUUUGUUCAACAGACUGAACUGGAACAAUGCUUCGAUGAACUGAAGGAACAUGUUAUACCAGAUUAUAUACUGAAUCCUGGGAAAUGUCCAGUGAUUCUUAAAGAAAUUUACAAAUGGGGUGUCAAACCAGAAAAAGGAAAGGAACUACUGAUUGAAGAUUCUUCACCUGAUGAUCAUGAAGAUACAUCUGAGAUUACCACUGAGAUUUCAAAAGAAGAAGAUAAAGAGGAGAUACCUAUGAACUUUGAUCUCAAUUGGGUCGACCCGGAACCCGGACCCAUACCCAGACCCGUAAAACAGGAGAGGUACAACCCAAUGCAAAAAAUUCUUUUCUGUUUUUGGCCCAUGAUAAUGAAAUGUUUUGGAUUAGAAAAUUUGUAG